AUGACUACAAUACGAACGCCGUUGAUGUUCACAAGUUUCACUUCUUUGUCGAGACAAAAGUUUUCAAAGAGUUCGCUCGGAAGAUGGUCUCCCGACGCCCUCAUUGCCGGGUCGGCGGGCGGCGCGCGCUGCCGCGACGCGGGCUGCGACGUGGAGCUGCUGCACGGGCGGUGGCUGCGCGCCGGCUGCGCGCCCGUCUUCUACGGCGACGAGCUCUGCUGCCCCGUCGGAUGGCGCUGCCGCGAGGUGACGGAGGCGGAGGCGGGGGCGUGCGUGUUCGGGCGCCUGCGCGUGCCAGUGGGCGCGCGCCUCUCGCCCGGAGACAACCCCUGCGUGCGCUGCUGGUGCUCCACGCCCCCGCUGCCCACGUGCCAGCAGGCGCCGCACGGCAGCUGCGGCCACCACCGCACCACCACCACCGCAACCACCACCACCCCCACCACUACCACCACCAGCGCCCCCACCACCAACGCCUCCACCAUCACCCCAGCCCCCGCCGCCGCGUAAGCGAGGGCGGGUGAACCGUUAGCCCCUCGUCCCCUCCGCCGGGAAGGCGCCGGACGGCGGACUGGAAACGAAGUCAGCUGGCGCGCGGCGACUGCACCGCUCCACAGCGCCUUCGCUGGCAAACCCCCAAGGCCUACAGGGGAAGGACUGAAAUGCAAAAUCAGCCGCCACUGCAAUACUCUUCACUCCCACCCCUCGAAUCCCGUUCUCCCAACCCUUGGCCCCGAAGAACAUAACGGGCCGUAAAACAACACAUUUGCCACCCGACCCCGAAACCUGUUUUGCCACGCCACAACUAUCUACUAAGACAUCUCAAGAUGGCACCGAUGAAGGAAAAUGCAGAGGAUUCACAUACAGCACCUUUCCAUCUGCGCCUCCAUCUUCCUAACCAAAUGGUUUGUAUGCUCGGCUAUUGGGAGUGCACGAAGACUGUGUUGCCGCCUCAUCACCCGUGAAAAUAUGUAUAAAGCGCAGUAAGAACACUCGUUCGAAUCACAUAAUUUCAAAUAUUGAAUUCAACAUCAAAUAAUUUCCAAUAGAUAAUGAGACAACAUUUGAUCAUUUAUGAUCAUAUUAAUAUGAAUAGAAGAUACUGAAUUCAUGUGAAUUGUUGGUUUCCCUGAAUCGCGUAAAAUCGGGUUAUUUUUCUUCUUCUAAGUGCUCAAGCAGGUGAACAGGCACACAUACAAUAUCUGAUUAACAAUUCCCUAUAAAUGUGAAAUCCUUUACUAUUUAUUAUAAAGCAUCAAAAUUGAUAAGCUUCAAGCACACAUCAGUUUGUAUUGUUUUUGUUUAAUGGGGGUUGGAAACUCCCCAAGACCCUUCGAUGUAAGCUGCUUUGUUGGAAAUUUCCCAAUUUGGCGCCACAUGGCAGUUUAACGCUACCAACUGUCUUUUUGUAUCCUAUGUUCGCCAUCACGGACCGUCACAUCAACACUUUCAAUAUCUAUCCAUUACACAAUUUACCGAUGAACAAAUAUGGACGGGAAUUUCGGAGGAUUUAAUUUUCUAUGUAAAACCCAUCAACUUACUGUGAAAAAAGGUCCUUGAUUUGCCUACCCUUAAAUAGUUUAGGAAAUGUUUGUAACAUAGAAAAUUAAUUUAUUAUCUACUUUCACCAACUUAUUGGGAAUUUGGACUUCUUUACCAAAAUUUCUGGAAACCGUCGGAAUGAACCCUAAAUAUCAUUAUAAAUUUUAUAUGUUUCUGUACAAACUGUACAUUUCAGUUGAUACUCUAGCUUCUCCGGCAGCCGAAGGACAAUUUCCACAUCAGCGAAGCCAAGUGGCUUGAGAAAGUGCCAGAAACCCCAUGCAUCUCCUUGCAAGAAUUCUCUUGGCUUCACUUGCGGUGGCACGUUACUAAGAAUGUCAGUUGCAAUUAACAAUUUACUUCGAAAUACAUUUCGAAUAUUACGCAGAAGCCUAGAACUCUAGCAAUCUUACGUUCGCAAACACAGUGGACGUCAUUUGGCAGUAACUUAACUUGAGUUCUUCCGAAUCAUCCGUACAGGGUUGGCGCUGACUAGGAAACGACUUUCGCGAACACUUGACUUCUGUUCUGGGACAAUUCUCGGCCCGUGCAAAUUAUUUCUUCACGGACUAGAGUGCCAUGGUAGAAACUUCUAGAUCUUCAAGCAUCAGGCAUAAGGACUGCGUCAACAUAUGAUCUCGAUGCGGAAACCUUCAAGAAGAAAAGUCUUUGAGGAAGGCAAUAUGAAGAAGCACAACCACUGCAAGGUCUAGGCCAGUUUACGGAUUCCGAAAAGGAGUUUGUUUCUUAUGAAAUCUUUGACCGAAAUAGUUUCUAAGAAAAGUAUGAAAUUCCUAAAACCCAUUCUUUAAAAUCUUUAAUCAGAGACAACUAUUGAUUUACACGAGUUCAAAAUUAACUGGUCUCAGAUAGUAAGAUUUAUCUUCAUGCAUGUAUAAUAUACCGCAUUUUUAUCGUGAAAGUAGUGUGAAAUCUGUUAAUUGAAGAUUAUUUCUAAUACAAAUUAGUCAUUAUGGGAAUACUCAUGGUUUUAUAAGCAAUAGUUGCAAAGUAUUGCUCACUAUGUUUCACUCGAUUAAAAUAUGUUUCGACGUAAGUGAUGAAAAUGUAACCAGUACUAAGUCGACAAGAGGCACAUGUUUUCAGAACGAUGCGUUUUGUAACAACGAAACAUUUAGUUCAUUUUUAACAUAAAACUUACUUAAAAUGUUGGUGAGUCGAUUUCGAAAUUCCAUAGUUAAAAAUUCUUAGAAAAGGAUCAGUAUUCCAAUGUUAUUAAUAAUUACUUGAUAAUUAUUAAAAUUGUAAUUAAAGAAUUGUUAAACAUUGUUACGAUACUUCUAAACAAAAAAUUCUGUUCUGGAAGUUUUAAAUAGACCUAUAGUACUUAAUAGCCUAAAAAUGUGCAUAUGUACAUUUUUCAACCUAUAAAAAGUAAUAAUUCAAGAUGAUGAACUGUUAGUGGGGCCUUUAAGAAAGCAAGUAGUACCCUUUAAUAACUGAUGGAUCUGACACAAUUUUCUACUUAAUUCCGGAAAGAUAGUAUUUAGUAGAUAUGAGGAUAACUUCCAACUGUCCAAAUAGGUUAUGUGUGUUAAUUGCGGAAGGAACCAGGCAAUUAAAUAUUUUAAACAAGACUGGGACCAAGAAAUUAUAAUUGAUUAAAUUAUGUACCUCGUAUUUCCAUAUGUCGCAUACGUUUAAUUGAUUUUCUUACCACACUAAAAAUACUUCUUUUCUACAGAAAGUCUUUUAUAUACCAUUUUUUCAUAUUGGGUUGAAUAUGUUACGAAACUUUUCUAUAUGACAUAAUACGAUUUUAUUGCAUUACACGUUAUAAUGUGUAACGACUUUGAUUUAAAGAAAAUAUAUUUUCAUUCUUCAGAUUUAGAUCCGUUCAGCGCGUUGUCAAAGGACAGUAAACAAAUGCAAGGAAGAGACGAAAGUUUGAGUCGACUCAAUAAGAUUCAAUUUUUUGUCCCUUUCAUUGCAUCAUUUUUAGAGAUGUACACGAUCCUCCAACCAAAUGCACUGUUAGUUAUUUCUUCAAGACAUUUCUUGUCAUCAGAAUCAAUUUAUUUCAAUUAGACGAUGGUAAGCAGAGGAAUGUUCGCGUUUGGUACAAAAUACGUUUGGUAAAAGCAAAUACCAUAAUAAUCUGCCGUGAAUCAUUUUCUGGAUCAAUAACUACGUGCGAAUAUAUCGUUACUUGACGUAAGUCUUUUCCAGUUUCAGUGUUUUGCUGACUUCGUAUUCCCUUUUGAGGGUAGAAACGUAAACUUCCUUAAUUCUUCCAACAUGUUUGAGACGAAGACAUUUUAUUAUACAUAGAGUUGUUAUCGUGUGAUAGUAAUGUUAUUACUUAAAUUUUAACGGGUAGCUCACAACUUGUAACUUGACGAAUUCUACCUGUGCCUCACUUCCUCGGUAGAAGUACUUGUUUUGCACAUAUCUGGCAGCAGGUUAGAGAAAUCCCUACGCGUUUGAAUCACAUGAAAUGAAGGUGGUGACACUUUCGUAUGUCUUGAACAGUAUCACUCUCAUUCUCCUCAUGUAUAUACAAAGAACAGGUACAAGUACAAGGAUUCUAUUGUUCUAAAAUUCGUUUUCUUAUGUUAACAAUUGGCAGACAUGUCAAUUAGUACGUCAUUUCGUCAUGUUAACGAACGUUCCUCAUGCUGAAAUAUAUUUACAGACAUUUAGAAUAUGAUUCAAAAUGUAUGAAUAUUGUAUUUUUUGAGCAACUCUGAAAAUUAAGCAGCAAAAACAUCCCAGAAUAUGAGGAUGCUCAAAUAAAUUGAAUACUGCGGCAUUUCUCUUACUUUUUGGGGUGUUCAGACUUUUCAAUGUACCAGCAAAUCAAGCGACAGAUUACGAGGCGGGGGGGGGGGCACGAAAAUGAAUUUAAUAGUGAGAUGACAUUUUGCACCUACGAAAGUUCGUCAUUAUUCCAAAUUUUAAAACUUAAAAAAUAAUUAUUUCAUCAUAUGUUUAUAUAUUCACUCAAGUACGUCUCUGUAACUUAUCAUUUUGUUUCAACUGUGUGAAACGUUGUGGAACACAAUUCAACAAAUGCCUAUGCAUAUUAUGUAUUAGAGAACUAUACCGUCUAUCACGUUUCUAGUCCAUCGCAUAUUAAAUAUACUCUAUGUCUCACAAUUUCAAAUCAAGCGAAAGUGUUUCCAUUUCUUUUUAUCGAAAAAUAUUCAUUUCGUACAAGUCUAGAAAAGUAUGAAACUAUAAAUUUGAAAUUUCAUUUUAAUAACAAAUAAUACAAAUACGGAUCGGACAAAGGAGCUUGGGAAAGGAAGAAAAUUCAUCAUAAAUGUUCUUUAAUCAAAAGCCCUUCUUUGCCUGCUUAUUGAAAGCUGUGGAACGGAAUCCUUGUGCAUGUACUUAAACGCUUUGUCCGAUCAGAGAUGUUAGAUUCCGAAGACCUGUUUCUCAAAGGUCCCUUUCUCACGAAGGCUUUUCUUGAAGUCAUGUCUCUCAUCUCUUCCAGAUUCCAUUGCUAUUUUAUAACCUUUACCUAAUGUGUCUGUUUCAGAAAAUGUUUUGUAUACAUUGUAUUACUAGAACUAAUAAAAUAGUCGACAUACAGUC